CCACCCACGUUCGAAAAGGGUAAUUGUAUAAGGUUAUAAAGAAAAAAAGAAAAAAAAAACUCACACUGAAUUGCACACAUACCCGACUUCAACUCUCUCUCACAUUGAAGGUUAGAAAUUUUGUGUCUCUGCUGUGUAAUGGGGGUGCGUCAAUAAUGCCCGGCCUUAGUGAAGUGCUGCACCAAUUUUUCUUCUUCUAGGUUUCGCUUGAUGAUGCAUAAACAGACACUCCAACGUGCUUUGCACAAUCUUGCUGAACAACUAAAUCCAAAUAGCUUAAUCCAUCCCAUCCUUAAUUCAUCAACAUGCAUUUCACUCAUCAGACAAUGCAAGACCAUCAAAUCACUGAAAUCCCUUCAUGCUUCCAUGAUUCGUUCUCACCUUCACCUCAACCUCUUCUUCUCUACCAACCUCAUUACUCAGUACUCUUCUUUAGGUUCCAUUUCUCACUCAUAUUCAAUCUUCUCGUCUACGCAAACGUCCGAUGUUUUCCUCUGGAACGUUAUGAUCCGAUGCUUCGUGGAAAGUUCUAGUUAUGAUCGUGCAGUUCGUCUUUAUUGUCGCAUGAAAGAAUAUGGUAUCAGACCUGAUAACUACACAUUCCCUUUUGUUGUUAAGGCGUGUGGACAUCUCCAAGACGUUAAGUUAUUUCGAGUGGUGCAUGGAGAUGUUAUCGAGUUCGGGUAUGAAUAUGAUGUGUUCGUGGGUAAUUCUCUUAUAACAGUGUAUGGGAAAUGCGGGCUAGUUGAGCUUUCCAGACAAGUGUUUGAUAGAAUGUUUGACAGAAGUUUAGUUUCCUGGAGUGCGAUAAUUGGUGCUUAUGCACAGAAUGGAUUUUACAAGGAAGGAUUUUCUGUGUUUCGGAUGAUGUUAAGUGAGAGAAUUAAACCGAAUAGAGUUGCAGUAUUGAAUGUAAUUCCGUGUGUCAGUAGUGAGGCUGAUGCAGAUGAAAUUUCUCGAAUUAUAGUAGAUUCUAGACUUGAUUCGGAACAGUCGAUUCAAAAUGCUGAAAUGUUAAUGUACUCUAAAUGUGGGAGACUAGACAUUGCUAGAAGAAUUUUCGAAAAGAUACCUGACAAGGAUUUAGUAACUUGGAGUUCUAUGAUUGAAGCUUAUGCUCAAGCUGAUAAGCCAAUCGAAGCAUUGGAUCUUUUCAAACGGUUGAAGCUGCAGAAGAUACAAUACGAUUAUGUUACUGUCCUAAGCGUGAUUCGAGCAUGUUCAAGUUUAGGUUCACUCCGACAAGCUCAGUUCAUUCACGGGUUUAUCACUAGAUGCUCGUUCCAAAAUGAGCUAGUAUUAGAAACUGCGCUAAUUGAUCUUUAUGUGAAAUGCGGGAGCUUGGAAUAUGCACGAAAAGUUUUUGAGAGAAUGCAGAAACAGAAUUUAAUAUCAUGGAGCACCAUUAUCUCAGGUUAUGGCAUGCAUGGCCGAGGAAGAGAAGCACUAGAUGUAUUUAAUCAGAUGAAGGAAACCGAGAAACCCGACCAUAUCACAUUUGUUUCUGUCCUAUCGGCUUGUGGUCAUGCUGGAUUGAUAGCUGAAGGUUGGAGUUGCUUCGAUUCAAUGACCAAGGAUUUUGGGUUGACACCGACGUCUGAACAUUAUGCUUGUAUGGUUGAUCUCUUGGGUCGAGCUGGACAGUUAAAUGAAGCUCGAGAGUUCAUCAAUAAUAUGCCAAUCAAACCAGAGUCUGGCGUUUGGGGUGCGCUGUUGGGUGCAUGUAGAAUUCAUUCCAAUGUUGAGCUUGCUGAAUUUGCUGCAAAAUCUCUUUUUGAAUUGGAUCCAGAAAACCCAGGUCGAUAUGUUUUGUUAUCUAACAUUUAUAAAUCUACGGGGAAGAGAGAAGAAGCGGAUCGAAUUAGAGCUGUAAUGAAAAGGAAGGGUGUGAAAAAGGCUGCAGGUCACACCAUUAUUGAAGUCAAGAAUAAAAUGUACAAGUUUGUGGUUGGGGACAAAACAAACCCCCAAACAGAACUGAUACAAAAAGAGUUAGAGAUACUAAUGGAAAGGAUUCGCAGAGAAGGUUAUGUACCAGAUACGAACUUCCUAUUACAUGAUGUUGAAGAAGAGAUGAAGGAGAAGAUGUUGUAUUUGCAUAGCGAAAAGCUAGCAAUUGUGUUUGGAAUUCUGAAUUCAAGUCCAGAAAGUGUAAUAAGAAUCAAGAGGAAUCUUCGGGUUUGUGGGGAUUGUCAUACUGCAACCAAGUUCAUAUCUAAGGUUACAUGAAGAGAGAUUGUAG